GUUUAGCGGACUCGAUAAACAACCCGGGGUCUUCCUUCCACCUUUUUAAGGACAGAGUUCAGGUUGCAGGGAGCAAGGCCCAGCAGCGAUUGCAUCUGACGACCUCUAAAUUGCUUACUGUUAAUCUGUAGGUUCCUGUGUCAGUAUCAGACCUUCCGCGGAAUCGGUUACUGUAUUGAGCACACAGAAUUCCGAAGUAGACGCCAAGACUUGAGCUAGGCUAACUAUCAAAGUCACCUGCUCGGCAAGAGUUCAUAGCAUGCCGGACAUGCUUCGGACCUCGCGCCAAGCGCCCCCACCCUCGUCUUGACUGAGGGCCCGUCAACCACGCAAGUGGGAGUUCCCGCAGUGUAGACCUUGUCGCUAUCAAGCACAAACACAAGCACAGCAGCCCCCCAACUGACAGUCCUUGCCUUCCCCGAAAGUCGAAAAAGGCAAAAAAUGGGGGAGAUUACGGCAGAGGCGCCGUUCCCUUUGACGGACACUGACAAGUGGAUACUCUCAUUGACAGAUGAGGAGUACCAAUAUCAUGACUGGGAGGAUUUACGGCAGAUCAUUGCUGAGAAUAAUCUCUCGGUCCUGAAGCGCAAGCCCUCAGAUCUCCGCAAGUACAUGAAGUGGACAGGAGAAACAAAAGCAGAAUAUGGCUCCAUGUCCCAGUACCUGCUUGUCCAUCGACUGCCCAAAGCUUGGGGCAUACCGCCUUUCACCCCCCAAUCAAAGACGCCGUUUGAGGAUCCUUCAGACUACCGGGUACUGCUGAAUGAUUGGCCAUACGGACUGACUCCCGAUAUAGCCCAUAUCGUUGUAUGGUCAAGAACCCUUGUCGAGACGGAUACCCAGACAGGUGACAUGACCCCGGAAAGUCGAAAGACUAUCGAGGCAUUCGUCAAGAGGUUCUUCAUGGACAGACUUGGACCCGGCGGCCAAGACCGGGUCCUCUGGUUCAAGAAUUGGGUCGCAUUGCAGAGUGUUCGGUCUCUAGAGCACAUCCAUGUCAUGGUGCAAGAUGUUCCGAAGGAGAUCCUGGAAGAAUGGUCCAGAGAGCUGGAGUGUCACAAAGCCGCAUAGAACAGCCCGUAGAUAGAUGGUAUGUAGUCAA